AUGAGCACUCAUUUUACAUCUGAUCAAGUAACCACUGAGGCGGCAGCGAAUGUGCUACUGACAAGUAUAACAGUCUUCUUUCCUUUUUUACUGGUGCUUCUUCUAUUGUAUGAGAUAUUACGACCUCGUGUGCCGCACGUGUAUUCGCCUGAAAACCAUAUCGACUUUCCCGAGUCCAAGCAGCACAAUUUCUUUAGCUGGGUGCCCUUUCUGUGGCGCAUUGAUGAAGCCAAAGUAGCUGAAAAGUGUGGAUUGGAUGCCUGGGUGCUACUACGCUUUAUAAAAAUGGGGCGUAAGGUGGCGCUAUUCUGUGUCUUGUGUUCAUUCGUCCUAUUUCCUAUAUAUUUCUUCACGGCAGCCGUAUUUGAGGCUCAAAACAGACAUCAUGACUUGAUACAGAUGCUACCUAAUGAAGGGAUAGUAGCUAAUGCAACCAUAGCUACUAUCACGUCCAUGAUGAUGAUUAUCCUCAAUCGACAAUCGGAUCUUGGUAACAGUACAGCUAAUACCCUGUCUUCAGACGGGAAGGUAAAGCUAGACGUUGUUGAUCGUCUAACGAUCGCCAAUGUGGGUAAGGAUGACUGGAGACUCUAUUUUACGGUGUUAGUCUCAUACAUGAUGAGUACUUACGUCAUGCAACUACUGCUAAAUGAGUACACGAUGUACCGCAAGCGCCGCCACGAGUUUCUAAUGCGUAAGCACCCACAGCAGUAUAGCGUCGUCAUUUCAGACCUUCCCGAGUCGCAACGGCGCCCACAGACAUUGCAGGCGUAUUUGGACUACUUGUUUCCUAACUCAGUGCACUCGGUCUACAUUGGUGUUGAGUGCGCGGAGCUAGAGAAACUGCUAGCUAAGCGGCAGGAAAUUGUUUCCCGUCUUUAUACAGCGCAUGCCAAGCUAAACGAAGCAAAAAGUAAGGCUGGUGACCAUGAUGUGAUUAAGCGACCGAAAGAAUGGAUUGAUCGCCGCCUUUUUGGACUCUGUGGUGGCAAACAGGUUGACGCUGUUGACCACUACACCGAGAUAUUACAAAAGCUUGAAGCCGAAACUAUUUGUGUUCGAGACAACAUCCUUCAGCGUCGAUCGGCAGAAAAGACCCAAGAACCUGUUAGUACAAAUCAGUAUGACUCCAUAAAUGUAGCGCCACGGGGAUUUACUACUUUGACUGAACUGGCAGAGAAGCUACGUAAAACAAAGAGCGCGUCUAGUGACCGACGGUGGGGCGAAGCAACGUUGCCGCUGCUCUCUGUAAAGUGGCGAGCUCCCAAACAGCCUAACGUAAUGCGUAGCUGCGCAUUUGUCAGCUUUCGUAGCAUUCGUUCUGCACAAGCAGCGCAGCAACUACUUCAGGUAGAGAACCCGCGUCGCAUGAUUAUCCUCCCAGCGCCCAACAUCCGUGAUGUGCAGUGGAAAAACUUUGGUCUACCGCAUAAACUUAGAGCUAAGUGGAAGCUUAUCUCAGUGGGAGUUUCUCUUUUGAUUGGAUGCUUUUGGACAGUGCCAACGGCUUUUGUCGCAUCCAUGGCUACUGUUGACGAGCUCCGCCAUCUGUUUCCGUGGCUUGGUGGCUUUAUGGAAAAGCACCCAUGGCUUCCGAUUGCUUUACAGCAAACUGCACCUCUAGUCUAUUCAGCAAUGAAUGGUCUUGCCAACGUAAUUUUCAAGCUGCUAUCCACCCAAGAGGGACAUUUAUCGAUCUCGGAGGUGGAAGCUAGUCGAUUUACCAAGCUAUGCUUUUUCCAAGCAUUUCAGAUGUUCUUUGUAUCGGCGCUAACCGGAUCUAUCAUCACGGAAUUUAUGCUGUUCUUGGACCAGCCACGCAUGCUGUUCUUCUUCUUGGGCAACACAAUCGCAAACCAGUCCAUGAUGUUCAUUACCUUCAUAAUCUCACAACUUUGUGUGGGUAUGUCUCUAUUCCUGCUGCGUGUAUCACCGUUGGCGAUCUCUGCGGCUUACCAUCUCCUGGCUCCAAUGCAUGCAAAAUUACCGCAGCCUCAAGUUUGGAUGGGCCUUUGCCCCGUCAAUUUACAAACCGACAUAGAUGCCCCGAUGAAUCUGGCUCAGCAAUAUCUUGUGUUCUUACUAGUCGUGGUGUUUACUCCGAUUGCACCACUAUUGGGUUACUUUGGCGCGAUAUUUUUCGCAGUAUCUGAGCUUUCCUACAAGCGAUGUUUUUUCUUUGUCAAUAGCUCACGCUGGGCAGCAACUAAUUCAAUGGGAGUUUUUUGGCCACCUCUUUACUCGUUCGUGAUCGGGGCACUUAUCAUUAGCCAGUGCACUCUGAUUGGACUGCUAUCGUUGAAGUCAGCCGGGUAUGGACCUAUUGGGCUCAUGACUGUACUACCUCUCAGUACACUGAUAUUCCAUUGGUAUGCAGUUGAUCUGUCUCAUUUAAAGCGUGCUGCCGAGAAUCUGCCCCUUGAUCAGUGCUGUGACGUUGACGAAGAGCGAAAGAAUGAUUCCUUCGACUUUCUCGAUGGUGUUUACCAGCAGCCAGCUCUCGUGGAGGCAUUCCGCCUGGCUUCAAUCUUAACUUGCUACCCAGGCGUUGUCAUUGAUUCUACUGACAAACUGGUAAACGUACCAAAACGCCACAUUGAGCCACUAAACCAACCCGCAAAGCCUCUUAACCAGCGGAUUUGUUUAGCUGAGAUUAACAAAGAUGUGAAAGACGAGAUCAAAAUAACCGAAUGA